ACCAGGCCAUUAACUAACUGAUGGAGGGACAGUAGAGCCCUGAGUACCAGACCAUUAACUAACUGAUGAUACCUAUCCAAUCAAUCCUAACGUAGAGCCACAGAAAUAGAAUGUACAACACAACAUUGACUUUGACAUUGACUGGGAAUAUCUGUUCUAGUGAUUCUAUGUCUAUGAGUAGAUACUAGCCUAAUUGCUCAGAAAUUACAGGAUAGGUUCCCCCAAAUAUGUCCGCAAGACAUAUUUCACUUUUUAUUUAACCAGGAAAACCCUUGAGGUUAGAAACCUAUUUAGUAAAGGUACCAGGACAUACAGUAUGCACAGACCGUCAUGCUCACAGGGAUGUAGAAAGGAUUAUUUGUGUGUGUGUGUGUGUGUGUGUGUGUGUGUAUAUGUGUAGAUUUCCCGUUCCCCUUCGGCUGGGUGACUGGUUACAUCGCCAUCCUGGUCGGAGCUGGAAUGACCUUCAUCGUCCAGAGUAGUUCUGUCUUCACCUCCGCUAUCACUCCACUCGUUGGUAUUGGUGUGAUCAGCAUCGAGAGGGCGUACCCUCUGUCGCUAGGGGCCAACAUCGGCACGACGACCACGGCUAUACUGGCAGCCAUGGCAGCACCUGGAGACACACUGGCCAACGCUCUGCAGAUCGCUCUGAUUCACUUCGUCUUCAACGUGUCUGGUAUCAUCUUGUGGUAUCCAAUCCCUUUCACCCGUAUCCCCAUCCGAUUGGCUAAGGCCCUGGGUGACAUCACGGCAGAGUAUCGCUGGUUCGCCGGCGUCUACAUCAUUUCCUGCUUCUUUCUCCUGCCCCUCUUCGUCUUCGGCCUAUCGAUGGCCGGCUGGAAGGUGCUGGUUGGUGUGGGCGUUCCCAUAGUGGCCUUGUUGAUCAUCAUCAUUAUAGUGAACGUGCUCCAGGCACGGCUACCCAGCUGUCUCCCCACGGUACUGCACUCCUGGGACUUCCUGCCUCUCUGGGCCCACUCCUUAGAACCCUGGGACCGCGUGGUCGCCGUGGUAGCCGCCAAAUGCUGCUGCUGCUGCAAGUGUUGCCAGACCGGACUGGAGGAGGAGGAGAAAGGAGGAGGAGGGCAUUUCCUGGAGAUGUACGACAACCCUGCCAUAAUGAACGGUGUUGACUGGGGAGAAAAGAGGGAGGACAAAGAGGAUGUCUUGAAAGCAACGCAGCUUUGAUGCGCCGCGACACUUCGUAACCGCUUCGUAUAGGCAUUAUAACCUGUCUAUAAUGUGAUUAUGGUCUUAUGACUCUUCUAUAACAUGGUUAUAAAGGUGCUAUGUAGGGUUACAAAAUUACAAGAACUAUUCCAAAAUUCCCUGCUUUGUUUUCCGAGAAAUCCUGGUUAGAGGAUUCCCAGAUUUCCUGGUUAUGUCCUCGUAAUUCCAGGAAUCUUCUAAACAGGAUUUCUGGGGGGGGGGGCAGGACAUUUGGGGGAAAUUACCGCAAUUUUGCAACAAUAGUCCUAUGUCAUGUCCUAUGUCAUGCCCUAUGUCAUGCUUAUGAGAUGUUAAACGGUGUUAUGUCAUAUUCCUAGAUAUCAGUCCGGAGCUACGACCUAGCAGCUCGUAAAAAUGGUCGCAUAUGAACAACGUACUAAUAAUAAUAAUAAUGGAUUGGAUUUAUAUCGCGCCCUCUCUCUACCAACUGAGGGAUUCAAAGCGUUUUACAUAGUAAAGGGUGAAACUCACCUCAUCCACCACCAAGGUGUGGGUGAUGCACCGGCAGCCAUUUUGUGCCAGAACGCUCAUCACAUCAUUUCACCUCAUCCACCACCAAUGUGUGGGUGAUGCACGGCAGCCAUUUUGUGCCAGAUCGAUCAUCACAUCAUUUCACCUCUCAACCACCAAUGUGUGGGUGAUGCACGGCAGCCAUUUUGUGCCAGAUCGAUCAUCACAUCAUUUCACCUCUCAACCACCAAUGUGUGGGUGAUGCACGGCAGCCAUUUUGUGCCAGAACGCUCAUCACAUCAUUUCACCUCAUCCACCACCAAGGUCUGGGUGGUGCACGGCAGCCAUUUUGUGCCAGAACGCUCAUCACAUCAUUUCACCUCAUCCACCACCAAUGUGUGGGUGAUGCACCAGCAGCCAUUUUGUGCCAGAACGCUCAUCACAUCAUUUCACCUCUCAACCACCAAUGUGUGGGUGAUGCACGGCAGCCAUUUUGUGCCAGAACGCUCAUCACAUCAUUUCACCUCAUCCACCACCAAGGUCUGGGUGGUGCACGGCAGCCAUUUUGUCCUUAAGACAAACAGGACCUGUAACAGAGACAAACAGGACCUGUCCUUAAGACAAACAGGACCUGUAACAGAGACAAA